AUGUCAAAUGGAAAGAGGAUUGCGUGUUGCGUUGCCUUUUGCCCUUCAUCUUGUCCAAGAGCGGAGGAGUAUAGGAGGCUAAGGUGGGCUGUAGCCCAGGGAAUUAAGGGUCGCUUGAACCGCUUGUCUUCUGCCUGCGUUGGUGAUAUGGUCAUGGCCACUGUCAAGAAGGGGAAGCCUGAUCUCAGAAAGAAGGUUAUGCCUGCUGUCAUUGUUAGGCAGCGUAAGCCUUGGCGCCGAAAGGAUGGUGUUUUCAUGUAUUUUGAAGAUAAUGCUGCUGGUAUCAUUGUGAACCCCAAAGGAGAAAUGAAAGGCUCAGCAAUUACCGGUCCAAUUGGGAAGGAGUGUGCUGAUCUUUGGCCUAGGAUUGCAAGUGCAGCUAAUGCUAAGAGCUUUAAUUUGUCUGUUCCUUUUUUUUGGGAAUUAUACUGUCGUUAA